GACCUGGACGGGAGCCUGGCGGGGUCAGCCCCCUACCAACGGCUUGAGGCAUGGCUGCGUUCGUCCCGGGAGGUCGCGUGGGUCUGCGCACGUGCCUCGGCGCCGGCCGACGACUAUGUCCCCGUUUCCAGAGCCGCGGCCCCCAGGGCACGGAAGACGGGGACAGGCCACAGCCUUCCUCGAAGACACCCAAGGUCCCCAAGAUUUACACCAAAACAGGAGACAAAGGGUUUUCGAGCACCUUCACUGGAGAAAGGAGACCCAAAGACGACCAAGUGUUUGAAGCCGUGGGAACUACAGAUGAAUUAAGUUCAGCCAUUGGGUUUGCUAUGGAGCUAAUCGCAGAAAAGGGACACCCGUUUGCUGAAGAGCUUCAGAAAAUCCAGUGCUCUCUGCAGGACAUCGGCUCUGCCCUGGCGACACCACGCUCCUCGGCCCGGGAGGCUCACUUAAGACACACGGCGUUCGAGGCAGGGCCCAUCCUGGAGCUGGAGCGGUGGAUCGACAAGUAUUCCAGCCAGCUGCCGCCCCUCACAGAGUUCAUCCUGCCCUCGGGAGGCAAGAGCAGCUCGGUGCUGCAUCUCUGUCGGGCCGUGUGCCGCCGAGCUGAGAGACGCGUGGUGCCUCUCGUGCAGAUGGGUGAGACGGACGCAAACGUGGCCAAGUUCUUAAACAGACUCAGCGACUACCUCUUCACAUUAGCCAGAUAUGUGGCCAUGAAGGAGGGGAACCAAGAGAAAAUAUACAAGAAAAACGAGCCUUCGGACAGAGACUGAGGCCCUUGGCAGUGAUGGAGAGGGGAGCUCUGUAGACCCUUCCAUGGUGGCGUCAGGGAAGAGAAGAGGCUGCCCCUGGUGUCCUGAUCCCUGGCGACCUCACCCAGAGAGGCUGGAAGCUGGGCUUCUGUCCGGCCUCAGCUGCCCCUCAGACCCCUCCCUGCCCGCACGGAGCUGUGGCUGUGUCAGAGUUCUGCCCGCCUCCCGUGGUCUUAGAGGAAGUGGGCGUGACUUCAGUGUUGCAGAAAAGAAGGGUGAAGUGAUUGUUGCCACACAGAGAAAAGAAUAAAAGUGGGAAAGGCUUGAG